AUGAAAAGUGACACAAUACUUGCCGAGCCGAGGAGAGGCGAGAUAAAUAUUUCUAAAGCGCCACAUGUUUCACGAAGAUUGGAAAUAAACUUUGUUUUAGUACAAUAAUAUACACAGGAAGUGAUCUCAAAAUGGAAAGGAAUUCAUUAAAAAAAAUAAAAAAAAACUGUUAGAUUGAUGAGUGACUUGAUGCAAAGUGAGCAUCAAGCUGUAAAUGCAUGUAAUGCAGAAGUUAUAUCUUUACCGACUUUUCAGACAUGUCAAAUCAGAGCUUUAAUCCUUCAGCAAACUAUUAUAGCAGAUUGCUUAAAAGCCAAGAUCAUUGGCUGUGUUAGGAGUCAAACUCGAAUCAGAGCAAGCGGUACAACUACCUUAAAAACAGCAGUGACCUAUGGAAGAAUACGUACCCCAUGUCAACUCAAGGGGAGUAUCUCGCUGAGGGGACACAGAGUUUCUUCGACUGCAACGCCGAGAGCCACCCGCCAAAUGGAAUCCACAACUACGUCAAUACCAGAAGCGAAUUGAAGUGUUACGAUUCUGUUCUGUAUGGAUUUUUGAACGAAAUAUUUCCCUGUCAAAACAAAUUUCUUGAACGAUGUGAC